AUGAGACUCCCUGGGGGUGUUCGCACAGGCGAUCAGUUUUGGGAUUAUUUGAUGAAGAAAAAAGACGGCCUUUGUGAGGUGCCGAAGAGCAGAUAUAACGCAGAUUCAUUUUAUCAUCCGACAAGAGAGCGCUCCACUCGAACAAAGUAUGGUUAUUAUCUGCAAGAAGACCCGGCCCAUUUCGACGCCGAAUUCUUCGCCGUGCGAAACCAUGAAGCAACCCGAAUGGACCCGCAACAGCGGCUCCUUCUGGAGUUAGUUUGGGAAUGCCUUGAGAGCGCGGGAGAAACGGAUUGGGAAGGUAAAGAUAUUGGCUGCUUUGUUGGUGUUUUUGGAGAAGACUGGUUAGGUCUUGCUCAUAGAGAUCCACAGACUGUCGACAGAUAUCAUGCUCUGGGCACAGGUGAUUAUGUUUUGGCCAAUUGUAUUUCCUACAGAUACGACUUCCGGGGUCCCAGCAUGACCAUCAAAGCUGCCUGUUCAUCCUCCCUGACUGCACUUCAUGAAGCAUGCCAGGCACUAGCCUCUGGAGCUUGUUCAUCGGCCAUAGUUGCUGGAAGUAAUCUUAUCAUGUCGCCAACCAUGACAACAAGCCUAUCUGAUAACAUGGUGUUAUCCCCAAGUGGUGUUUGUAGGACGUUCGACGCCCAAGCUGACGGCUAUGGCCAAGGUGAAGCAAUUAAUGUGCUGCACAUAAAGCGCCUAAGCAGUGCAAAGCAGGCAAAUGACCCUAUAAGGGCAGUUAUUCGGUCAACCGCUGUGAACUAUGACGGGAAAACAGCAAAUAUAUCUGCCCCAUCCGUUCAGUCCCAAGAGAGUCUUAUUCGAAAUGCAUAUCAAAGGGCUGGAAUCGAUGAGCUUCUAGAAACUGCCUUCGUUGAGUGCCAUGGUACUGGAACGGUAGCAGGAGAUGCGGCUGAGACAACAGCAAUUGACAAUUGCUUCAAGCCGAGCGGGGUAAUUAUUGGCGCGGUUAAACCUAACUUUGGCCAUUCAGAGGGUGCAUCGGGUAUCACGAGUCUCAUCAAAGCUAUCUUGUCACUCGAAAACUCAACAAUUCCGCCAAAUAUACACGUGAACAUUUUGAAUCCUCAAAUUCUAGAAUCCAGUUUAACGGUCCCUCUAGAGCCCAUGAAAUGGCCCGCCGAUCGACGCCAAAGGGUUAGUAUAAAUGGAUUUGGCAUAGGUGGUGCAAACGCCCAUGUCAUAUUGGAUUCUGCAGCGGAAUAUUGUGGCAAGUUCCAGGGUUCCCAGAGUUCCGAGUCAGUAGACGGAGCUAAGCUGCUUGUGGUCUCAGCCCAAGGCUCAAAGAGUCUGGAGAGCCGCAUUGGGCAGGUGUGUGACUAUGCAAACAGAUUCCCUGAUCAACUAUGUGAUCUUUCGUUCUCCCUGGGAAAAUCCUGCACUCAAGUCUCGCCUCAGCUUUCAUUUGUUUUUACUGGUCAAGGAUCCCAGUGGACAGGUAUGGGGAAAGGGCUAUUGAAGAAAUAUCCUUGUUUUGAGGAAGACAUGUUAAGGCUUGAGAGAGCUCUCAAAGGUCUUGAAGAUCCACCAUCAUGGUCUCUUCAGGAGGAGCUGUGCCGGACAAGCGACUCACGCGUUAAUGAAGCAGAAUUCUGUCAGCCACUCUGUACGGCCAUUCAGAUAGGACUUGUCAAUCUUCUCGCGUCCUGGGGAGUGCGGCCAGCUGCUGUAGUUGGGCACUCCAGUGGUGAAAUUGCAGCUGCUUAUGUAGCAGGCGCUAUCUCGGAGAAGUCGGCUAUAAUACUCGCAUAUUAUCGCGGCAAGCUGGCCAAACAACAAAUGGGUCUGGGGGAAAUGGCAAGUAUCGGCCUCUCAAGCGAAGAGGAAUACUCCUCAAAGCGUCACUCAAUAAGUAGAAUCGACAUUAUAGUGGAGAGGAUCAGGAAUGAUCUUCCUGAUAUCUUCUGCAGAAACCUUGGGCUCAAGAUCGCAUAUCACUCGCACCAAAUGAAGUGCCUGGGGGCCCUUUAUGAAGCCUCUAUAACAGGUCACUUGCAAAUAAACUCUCAUAUGCGGCCGAUGCUGUCAAGUGUCACUACGGCUAUGGUGACGGACCCUCAGGAGCUUGGCGCAGCCUACUGGAGACGAAACCUUGAGUCUCCUGUUCUUCUUGCAGAUGCAGUGAGCAAUCUGCUAAAGGAAGACAAGGCCCAUAUACUACUCGAAAUAGGUCCCCAUUCUGCACUAUCAGGUCCCCUAAAGCAGAUAUUUCGUAGUUACAGCCUGAAGCAUGGCCCACUCUAUAUUCCCACCUUGAAACGCUGCGAUGAUACCAGCUUCGAUGCUAGCUGUGAAGUUCAGCUCUUGUCCGCGCUAGGCUUGAUCCACAGCAACGGGGCCAUUGUUGACCUGAUGUCAGUGAACGGUAUGGGGCAUGUUGUGACAGACCUCCCGCCGUAUCCUUGGCAACACGGAGCACGAUACUGGAAUGAAAGCCGUUUGUAUUUCCUGCAGCUGGUUAUAUCGCUAUGGCAGGUGAAGCAGUCCGGCAGCUCAACCCAGGCACUGAGGAAUGGGCCUUACAUGAUCCCAGAGAGAUGGAACCAAGAGCUCCAGGAUGCUGGCUUCACCGGGGCUGAGGCAAUCCGUUACGACUUUCAUGCGCCUUUCCGAUCUUCAGCAACCUUGAUUACGAGGCUCAUACCCGGAUCAACAAUCAAGCCACCUAUAUCGUUGCUAGUUGCCGACCGGCAGUCUCCAGGUAUCUGGGCGAAUACUGUUCAUGCUAGGCUCACAGACCUAGGGUAUAUGGUGGAAUGGACAACCCUGGCUGAUCCGCCAACAAACAAGAAGUGCAUUAUAGUCUUGCUUGACCAGGAGGCCCCGUUUCUUUUCAAAUUGACAGGUAAUAGUUUCCAUGUACUAAGGGAUUAUUUAGCACAGAUCAGUCAGUGUGUCACACUAUGGGUUACGAAGAGCACGCAAGUCACUAGUAAAGACCCGAACUUCGGUCUUGCGCAAGGUUUUGUGCGAUCUGUGAGACAGGAGCUGAGGAUUGAUAUAUACUUGCUUGAGGUUAAGUCAUUUGAGCAAAAUGCUGCAGAUGCACUAGAGAAGAUUGUUCAAAAAGUCUUACAGUCCAAGGAUGCGGCAGGUGGCUAUCUGGAUUACGACUUUGCCUUCCAUGACACUACCAUAUACACUAGCCGAUGUUAUUGGCCACCCGGGGAUCAGAAGAACUUCCCAGAGUCGAAGGAAGAUAUCCCCAAGAAAAUCCACGUCGGUAAGGCUGGUCUUCUUGACAGUCUGAAGUGGUUGGAAUACCGCGAAGAGGACCUGGAUGAUGUUGAAAUCGAGGUUCACCUACAGUAUGUUGGUUCGAACUACAGGGAUGUCCUGGCCGCUUUGGGCUAUGUUGGGAGCACAAAUGAGCUGGGCCUAGAGGGAAGUGGAACCGUUUGGCGAGUUGGCAAGCAUGUCACCGACCUUGUGGCCGGUGAUGAAGUCUCAGUGGUGAGUCCUGGAAUCCUUCGCACACAUUUUGUCGUCAAUCAGAAACACUGCAGGAAGCUGCUCAGCGGGCUCUCGAUGAAAGAUGCAGCAGGCAUGGCGCUGGCAUACUUGACAGCGAUUUACUCGCUGGACUAUGUGGGACGGGUUCAGAAAGAUCAGACUGUUCUCAUCCACUCUGCAUGUGGGGGUGUCGGUCUAGCCGCUGUUCAAAUAUGCAAGAUACAUGGUGCCAAAAUAUAUGCAACCGUUGGGACUCAAGCAAAGAGGGACUAUCUCGUACAUAAAUUGGGCAUCCCCUCUUCUCACAUAUGUGAUUCCAGGAGCACAAGCUUCCUUCAGUCCGUAUUGGAAGCAACAGGCGGACGUGGCGUGGAUAUUGUCUUGAACUCGCUAGCUGGGCCCUUGCUGCAUGCCUCAUGGGCGUGCGUUGCCCCAUUUGGGAAGAUGGUUGAACUGGGGAAGCGGGACUUUCUCCUCAACGGCAUGCUCACUCUAAAGCCCUUUAUCCAAAACCGUGCCUUUUUCGGUGUCGACCUACUCCAGAUAUUCUUAGAGAACUGGGUGAUAUAUGAAAACGUGAUUGAUAAAUUCACGGCAUUAUAUACCCAGGGCAAUAUUCUUCCCAUUUACCCGGUCACAGUGUUCGAAGCCCGCGACAUAGCGGAAGCCUUGCGCGAGCUGUCCAGCUCGAUGAUAGAAAGGUCGGUGUCAUUCCACCCGAAUGCAUCCUACCUUCUCGUUGGUGGGCUGGGAGGAUUGGGACGAGCAGUAUCCGUAUGUAUGGUAGAGAGAGGGGCACGUAACCUAGUGUUUCUUUCUCGAAACGCAGGAGUUGCUGAGGACGAUAAGGAGUUUAUAUGCGAGCUCGAGGCUGCAAGGUGCCAUGUGCAAUGUGUCAGGGGUAGCGUGGCAAGCCUUGCAGACGUCCAAAACGCCGUUACAAUAUGCAAACCACCUUUGAAGGGAGUCCUGCAGAUGUCACUGUGCUUGAAAGAUGGCGUCCUUGCCGGAAUGAGCUAUGAGGAUUGGCGGGCAUCAAUGGCCCCCAAGGUCCAGACCAACUACGCAGCUGCAAACACGUUCCUUGAAGGUUUCUCACGAUACCGUCGCCAGCUUGGUCUGCCAUCCUCAGUCUUGGUGCUAGGAGCCGUUGGCGAAUUUGGCCUGAUCAGCCGACAGCCAAAACUCCUACAGUCAAUGCAAGCUGUUGGCACGUGGCUUUUGGAUGAGGAUGAAGUUUUAAAGGGCUUGGAAAUAUGUAUCAUGCGAUCCCAUGAUUCGAUCGCCACUGAUCCAGAAACCGAGAUAUCACUUCAAGACGCUCGAUUUGCACCUUACGCAAACAUCGAUGCUUCCUCUGAGCAGCGACCCGGUGACGCCAGUAGCAACAUUCUCCGAGAUCUAACCCUCCGGGCAGACAGAGACCCUAACAUCAUGCUCACAGAAGAAUCUCGCAGCCUUAUUAUACAGGAAACAGUUCGCUUGAUUUCCUCGUCCCUCAUCGGAUCUCAAGAUCUCGACGAAGGACAGAAAUGGGAGAUGCCGAUUGAUUCCCUUGCAUCACUCGAAAUCAAGAGCUGGGUCCGGCGGAAUAUGAAUCUCGAUGUCAGUGUGGCUGAGAUUGCUAGUUCACGAACGAUUGGAGGGCUGGCGCUUAUGACUGCAGAUCGCUUGGUAGCGCAUUAUAAAGCUAAGCUUGAGAAUCCGAGCGGUGGUGUGCUUGAUGAAGGGACAACAGAGAUGCCUAGCGAAGUGGUGGACUAA